UUCCCGGUCCCCUCUCCCACCCUCUUGUCGUUGGAAAACGAAUGGGGGAGUAGCCAGCCUGUCAGCGCCAGUGGUCUUUGUUUCAGCAAGCGCACUGUUCAGUAGCCGAGGCAUCGGUGCCGGGAGACAGAGAACCUCCUGGGUGUAUUUCCACCCUUGGAGCAUCUUAACCUAACGAAUAAGCUGGUGCUACAUCUUUUUAUUACCUUUCUGGUAUAGAAACCUUAACCAUACGCGUUUGAAGCUGUAGAUAUUUGAUUAUUCUAACCUUUUUUUUUACAUUUACACACGGAGAGAUUUUCAACAUUACACCGAGGGUGCCAGCUCAUCACAUACGUCGAGUCGUUUACGUUUAUUAGGCUACUACCCCAGCGGCACCUGCGCUACGGGUAGGCAACCAGCUAUCCGUUACACACCGAGACAGGCGCCACAUUCCGGAAGACCGGUCGGGUUGACAGACUUGCCUGGCACGACUUGUGCAACUAAAGGGUCAGGAUGAGUGUUCUCCCUGCGGCUGGGUUGUGUGUGCUGCUGUUGCUCUCCAUAGGCAGCGGUGUGAGUGAGGCUGACUCCCUGGUGACCCUGCGUAAAGUCACCCAUCCAUCAGUGAGGCAGCCAUUAGCCAGCUCUGCUCUGUUGCCCUGCUACUUCUCCCUCCCCUCCACCUCCAUCUCCAGCCAGGAGAGGGGCUCUCGCCACGUGUCUCCCCCAAUCCGCUGGACCCACAGCUGGGCACUUGAGGGCCAGGCCAGACCCCUGGAGAGAACCAUUCUGAUCGUGAGAGAUGGGGAGGUCAGAGUUCACCAGGCCUUCACUGGUCGCAUCAGCCUGCCCGAAUUGAACGGGAACGCCCGUAACGCCUCACUGCUUGUGUCCAAGCUCCGCUACAAUGACACCGGAGUGUUCCGCUGCCUCGUUGCCGAGGACGACCAGUACCAGCAGGAUACUGUCUCUCUGGAAGUCACAGGUGUAUUGUUCCAUUACCAGUCGCCCGGUGAGAGCUACGCCCUGUCCUUCGCCGAUGCCCGUGGCGCGUGCCAGCAGAGCGGGGCAGAGAUGGCCACGGCAGCCCAGCUGAUUGCUGCCUACCACUCCAGCUACAGUAGCUGCUCCGCAGGCUGGCUCUCUGACCAGACCGUCAGGUACGCCAUCCAGUCUCCAGAGCUGGGUUGCCAUGGACACGAGGAGCUGUAUACGGGCGUGAGGAGUUAUGGGGUGAGGAACCCCACCGAGAUGUUUGAUGUGUACUGCUUCGCCUCCGAGAUGCAAGGGAAGGUCUUCCUCUCCUCCGCCCCAAGGAAGCUCUCAUUACCCGAAGCUGCUGCCCACUGCGUGUCCAAUGGCUCUCUCCUGGCCACCGUCGGGCAGCUUCACCUGGCCUGGAGGUCUGGUCUGCAGAGCUGUGAACCAGGCUUGCUGUCCGACGGCACCAUCCGCUACACCGUCAAUGAGUCUCAUUCCGCUUGUGGAGAAGGGAAAGCACCUGGGGUCUACACCACUGCCCCCAACACUACCGCCAUGGGACAGCCCAAUAGCACGACCCCGUUCCAUCUAUACUGCUACAGAGGUAAGCCGCGCAAUGUUCUCACCAGCAUCGUCAAGUCUCUGAUCCCCUGGAGGCUGAGCUCAGAGGAGCCCACCAGCGCCCCACAGGAGCCCACCAGAGCCCCACAGGAGCCUGGGACCCCCACCGAGGCCAAGACGGGCUCCGCUCCCCCCAGACACACGCACACACAGACGCAGACACAAGCCACACCUGACUCCUCACACAGCACAUCCACGCCACCUGCAUCUGCCCUCCAGCCCUCCAACUGGACUGGUCUGGUGGACCCGAAGCAGAACCUCUCCAGACCCGACUCCUGGUGGGCCCAGGUGGGCAAGCACAAGGGGGAGUACGUGACCCUGCGGAUGCACCCGGGAGACACGUCACUGGACUGGAGUGGCUCACUGGAUGGCCCCUGGGAGGUGAGAGGUCAAGGAUCGGACCGAGGAGGUCAGAACAGCCCAGGAGGGUCUGCGAGGGAGGAGGUGGAGGAGGAGGAGGAAGACGCCCUGUCGCCAUGGCGAAUGGUGACCCGGAGUCCACCGGUGGGCUGGACGCUGACUCCGAACCCCAGCAGGGUGUCCUCGGUGACGGAGAGGAAGGGGAAGGAUGCGCUGAAGAAGAUUGUGAACUCAUUCUGGAAGCCCUGGAACUACUUCAAUGGAGCUGAGGAGACUGAGCCACCGGCUGGGCCACACACCAGCACCAGCACCAGCACCAGCACCAGCACCGGCACCAGCACCAGCACCGGCACCAGCACCAGCACCAGCACCAGAACCAGCACCAGAACCAGCACCACACAGUCACAGACGCAACACGCAGCAGACCCAACCACCUCACCAGUGUCAGGGCUGAUGUCAUGGUGGGGCCGAACCUGGCUGGCCAAACCGGCGCCAACCUCCGGUCCAUCUCACGAGGCCCUCAGCACUAGCAGUGCACCAGGAACACCGGCUGCCCCAGUCAAGGUGAUGAAGUUGGGCCAAGGGUCCAUGCCCGAAGCCACCAUCACGCCAGGAGGCUGGUCAGUGGUGGUCCCGUCCGAUGCCGGCGAGAGGAAAGCGGGCAGCACAAGGAGUGAGGUUAAACCCGACACCGACCUCUCCAGAACCAGACCCACCAGCACACCUGCAUCCAGUACAGCAACACCCACCACUACCAAGUCAUCCACAGCCAGCACUCAGAGAGGCAAGGGAGCAGAGGAGGCCAGGGGGGAGAUCCAGUACGAACGCCGGCCACCCAACACAGGGAGAGCUCGAUCCAAAAGCGACCGAUCCCAGAGGAGGGACCCCAAAGUGCCCAAAGCUCCAUCUACCACAGCCCCCUCUCCUGCCACAACCUCAAGCCAGAUUCCAAACCUCUCUUCGGGGCAUGGGAGCGCUGUGAAGCCACUGACGGAGAAAGUGACCCCGCUGAUCCAGUCUACCUCCUUGCUGCCAGAGAUGAGGUCCACUGCCCUGGAGGCUUUUGGACCAGGUGGGAGUGGAGGUCCUUCAGUGCCAACGGAGGAUGAUGCGCAGACUCUUGGCUCCGGAGUCUUGCUGCCUGGCAACCCUACCGAAGACAUAGCCCAUGGCAACGAAGAACUGGCCAAGAGGAAUGGCUCAGCCUGCCAGACGAGCCCGUGUUUGCAUGGAGGAACCUGUCUGCCGGAGGGCGAGGGCUAUGGCUGCUUCUGCCCUCAGGGCUUCAGUGGAGAGAGCUGUGAGAUCGAUGUGGAUGACUGCCAGUCGAGCCCGUGUGAGAAUGGAGGCACCUGCGUGGACAAGGUGGACUCCUUCAGCUGCCUGUGCCUGCCCAGCUACAACGGGGAUACCUGCGCCAGGGACACUGAAGGAUGUGAGCACGGCUGGAAGAAGUUCCAUGGCCACUGCUACCGGCUGUUUCCACGGCGACACACAUGGGAGGAUGCGGAGAAGGACUGUCGUGAGCACAGCGGUCACCUGGCCAGUGUGACCUCCUCCAUGGAGCAAGACUUCCUCAAUGGUCUGGGUCGUGAGAACACCUGGAUUGGACUGAAUGACCGCACAGUGGAGGAAGACUUCCAGUGGACUGACAAUACAGACCUGAUUUUUGAGAACUGGCGAGAGAACCAGCCGGACAACUUCUUUGCUGGCGGCGAGGACUGUGUGGUGAUGGUCGGCCGAGAGGACGGGAAGUGGAAUGAUGUGCCAUGCAACUAUAACCUGCCCUACAUGUGCAAGAAAGGCACCGUGCUCUGUGGGACUCCACCAGCAGUGGAGAACGCGCACCUGGUGGGUCGGCGACGGUCACACUAUGACAUCCACGCUGCAGUACGCUACCAGUGUGAGGACGGGUUCUUCCAAAGACACAUCCCCACGGUCCGGUGUCGCCCCAGCGGAACCUGGGAGAGGCCCAAGAUCAUCUGCACAAAGUCACGGCGGACCCACCGCUACCGCCGGCAGCACCACAGGUCACACCAUGACCACCGGAGACACCGCCGGCACGGGGGCGGCGGUCACAGGGGUCGUGAGGAGGCCCACGGCCGCUACUGAACCAAACAGCAGCUCCAGCAAUGUGACAUCACCUCCUGUUCACCGGCUACCUUGAAACCUAGCUUCAGCUGAGGGGGAUUGACAUGGAGGAAGAAACAUCAUGGCCUCACACAGAUGGUUCUCAAUGUUUCAACCCACUUUUGUUAUCCUCUGUCUUUAUCCCUUUCCCAUUUGCUCUCUCCCUCCUUCUCUCUCCUCUAUCUGUCUGUCCUUCUCUCUCCCUCUAUCUGUCUGUCCUUCUCUC